UUGGGAUCGUCAACGUGUCACAAGAGCACUUUCAGGAGUGUUUGCUGCCAGCGACUGCGUUGAGCCGCUCCUAAUGGACAAGGCGGUGUCAUGCAGUAAAUCGCGGCAUGCCUCUUUAAAAAGCUAAUUAAAUGGGUUGUCGGCCGCCAGGACUGGAUGGUUGGCAUUUAUCCACGCCUUGCUGGUUGUUUCUUCGUAAUUUAGAUCCUGCCUUUCAUAUAAAAGCGUGAGAUUUCGCUGCCUUCAAGGCAGAGAUUCUGUCCUUGUCAGCUCAUUUCCAAACAUUACAACUUUAUCAAAAUGACCCAAGCAGUCCUCCCAAAAGAUUUUUUGUGGGGUUACGCAACUGCGUCCUACCAGAUCGAAGGCGCUGCUCAUGAAGAUGGUCGAGCUGACUCCAUAUGGGACGUCUUCUGUCGGAUUCCAGGAAAGAUCGCUGAUGGCAGCAAUGGCGAUGUCGCAUGUGACACAUACCAUCGGACUGCCGACGAUAUCGCUCUGCUCAAAUCCUUCGGAGCAAAAGUAUACCGUUUCUCCAUCUCUUGGUCGCGUGUGAUACCCUUGGGUGGCAGGGGAGAUCCUGUUAACGAGAAGGGCUUGCAGUUCUACGUCAAGCUCGUUGACGAUCUCCUCGCGGCCGGCAUCGUACCCAUGGUGACGCUCUAUCAUUGGGACUUGCCAGCGGAGCUUGAUCGGAGGUAUGGCGGUUUGCUGAACAAGGACGAGUUUGUGGCGGACUUCGUGAACUAUUCACGCGUCAUGUUCACGGCCUUGGGCCCAAAGGUGAAGUAUUGGGUCACGUUCAAUGAGCCGUGGUGUAGUUCCGUCCUUGGCUACCACUUCGGCAUAAUGGCACCGGGGAGGACCAGUGAUAGGAAACGAAGUCCUGAAGGGGAUAGUUCCCGUGAGCCCUGGAUCGUGGGGCAUAGCUUGCUCGUUGCCCACGGCCAUGCGGUCAAGCUGUACCGCGAUGAGUUCAAGCCUAAACAAGGCGGUCAGAUUGGAAUCACACUGAACGGCGAUUGGGUUGAGCCAUGGGAUGCAAGCAGCGCGGCAGAUAUCGAAGCGUGCGAGCGCAAACUCGAGUUCUCCAUCGGCUGGUUUGGGGAUCCCGUCUAUUUCGGAAAAUAUCCAGACAGCGUGCGCAAGCAGAUCGGCGACCGUCUUCCCAACUUCACGGCCGAAGAAUCAGCACUCGUCAAAGGCAGCAACGACUUCUACGGGAUGAACCACUACACCGCCAAUUACAUCAAGAACAUCGAAGGAGAAGCGCCGCCAAAUGACAUCUUUGGCAAUCUGCACAUGCAUCAAGAGAACAAAGACGGGAAAAGCAUCGGGCCUGAGACCGAGUGCUCGUGGUUACGUCCCUAUGGCAUCGGGUUUCGCAAACUCAUGAAGUGGAUCAGCGAUCGAUAUGGCCGUCCUGCAAUUUACGUGACUGAGAAUGGGACCAGUGUCAAGGGGGAGAACUCACUCGCUCGCGACCAGAUUCUAGACGACGAAUUUCGCGCGCAAUAUUUUCGGGACUAUAUCUCGGCUUUGGCUGACGCGUACAGCAAAGACAAUGUGGAUGUCAGGGGAUACACCGCCUGGAGUCUCAUGGAGUGAGUCUGCUUUCAUCUUCGCCAAUCAAUCCUUCGAGAUGCCUAUGCAUUGCUGGAAAGGGGGAACCAAGCUGACGAGAUUUCUGCAGCAACUUCGAAUGGAUGGAAGGGUAUGAGACUCGAUUCGGAGUUACUUACGUCGACUACGAAGGAGGGCAGAAAAGGUACCCCAAGAAGAGUGCGAAGGUCAUCUCAGAGAUGUUCAAUGCACUCAUCAAGAAGGAGUAGAUCGGUGACAAAUGGCUGAAUGAGGACAAUGAUAGCUAUUUGAUGGCCCUGGCUUUGGAAUCCACCAAUAGUCAUGCCAGAAUAGCGUAUUAACAUAUGCGUUCCGGGGUUUUGGAAAUGUGGUACAGAGGAGGUGGCGUAAAGCCCCCUUCAGGUUGGAACAAAGAAUCGUCGUUAGCGAAGUGAGAUAUCUAACCCUUAUGACAGGGCGUCAGCUCGUUUCCAAUCGAAUUAUCGAACAGAUGGAUUACGAGAGAAUCGGA